UCAGUGAUAUUGAUUACCUACAGAACGUAGUAAUGAUGAAUAACAAAUGCAGUAUCGCUAGCCCCGCUGCUAGUGUUAUUCCAAAUAACAGCAACGAUAAUGCAAAUAGCAGCGGUACAGUGCUUAUUACUUUACCAAUGGCCAAACGGCGAGUCCUUAAUGCGAUAGUAAUUCCCACAUGUACCACACAAACACCACAAGCUGCAGAUUUAGCUUCACUUUUCGAAUGCCCGGUGUGUUUUGAUUAUGUAUUGCCGCCCAUAUUGCAAUGCCAAAGCGGCCACCUCGUAUGCAAUAAUUGCCUCCCUAAACUUACCGGAUGUCCGAGUCCGACGUGUCGUGGACCUUUGAGUAAUAUACGAAACUUGGCUAUGGAGAAGGUAGCCAGUACAAUCAUGUUCCCGUGUAAAUAUUCGUCAUCCGGCUGUUCGCUUUCUUUACUGCAUACCGAGAAAGUCGAGCACGAGGAGAUGUGCGAAUGGAGACCGUACACUUGUCCUUGUCCUGGAGCUUCGUGUAAAUGGCAAGGAGGCUUGGAGCAAGUUAUGGCUCAUCUUAUGAUGUCUCAUAAGUCUAUAACCACGUUGCAAGGUGAAGAUAUGGUUUUCCUAGCUACCGAUAUCAAUCUACGUGGUGCUGUCGAUUGGGUAAUGAUGCAGUCUUGCUUCGGGUACAAUUUCAUCAAGUUCUUUUCUCAUGCUUAAUAUUCCUCAGGGAACCUCUUGAGGU